UUAAGAAAAAGCUUACUUUUGUAUAAAUUGUGAUGGUGAAGAUAAAAAAUUGUUAUAGUAAGAAAAUAUGGAGAUGGAGGGUGGUGUUGUGAUUGGGAUGAUUCGCUCAUGAGUUGUUUUUGGUAUUGGGUUUCAUUAUUAUUAGUGGAGUUUGGUGGAGAAGAAUCUAAUCUUGAGUUUCAUUGUAAAGCUACUUUUCUCUGUUUGGGGAUAAAUAAAAUGGGUUGCUUUUCAUGUUUCGAUUCGAGUUCCAAGGAGGAUCACAAUCUCCGUCCUCAGCACCAACCCAAUCAACCUCUCCCUUCUCAGAUUUCCAGAUUGCCCUCUGGAGCAGACAAGUUACGGUCCAGAAGUAAUGGAGGUUCCAAAAGAGAACUGCAACAGCCUCCUCCCACCGUCCAAAUUGCUGCUCAAACAUUUACUUUCCGUGAACUUGCCGCUGCAACUAAAAACUUUAGACCAGAGUCCUUUGUUGGGGAAGGUGGUUUUGGAAGGGUCUACAAAGGCAGGCUUGAAACCACUGCUCAGAUUGUUGCUGUCAAACAGUUAGACAAAAAUGGUCUUCAGGGUAAUCGGGAAUUCCUUGUAGAGGUUCUCAUGCUCAGUCUUCUACAUCACCCUAACCUUGUCAAUCUCAUUGGAUACUGUGCGGAUGGGGAUCAACGCCUCCUCGUUUAUGAAUUUAUGCCUUUGGGAUCAUUGGAAGAUCACCUUCAUGAUCUUCCCCCUGAUAAGGAACCACUAGAUUGGAACACUAGAAUGAAAAUUGCUGUUGGUGCUGCAAAAGGAUUAGAAUACCUUCACGAUAAGGCAAAUCCUCCUGUCAUCUACAGAGACUUCAAGUCAUCUAACAUAUUACUUGAUGAAGGAUACCACCCAAAACUUUCUGACUUUGGUCUUGCGAAGCUUGGUCCUGUUGGUGACAAAUCACAUGUUUCUACCCGUGUCAUGGGAACUUAUGGUUACUGUGCUCCUGAGUAUGCUAUGACUGGACAGCUGACUGUGAAGUCUGAUGUAUAUAGUUUUGGGGUGGUCUUCUUAGAGCUGAUUACUGGCCGUAAAGCAAUUGACAGCACCCAGCCGCAGGGAGAACAGAACCUUGUCACAUGGGCACGUCCACUUUUUAAUGACCGCAGGAAGUUUUCAAAGUUGGCUGAUCCCAGGCUGCAGGGGCGAUUUCCCAUGCGGGGUCUUUACCAGGCUCUUGCUGUGGCAUCAAUGUGCAUUCAAGAAUCAGCUGCAACGCGUCCUCUAAUUGGAGAUGUGGUGACAGCCCUCUCUUAUCUGGCCAACCAGGCAUAUGACCCCAAUGGUUAUAGGGGGUCUAGUGAUGAUAAAAGGAACAGAGAUGAUAAAGGUGGAAGAAUAUCCAAAAAUGAUGAAGCUGGGGGAUCUGGACGCAGAUGGGACUUGGAAGGAUCCGAGAAAGAUGACUCCCCACGAGAAACUGCAAGGAUUUUAAACAGAGAUCUAGAUAGAGAACGAGCUGUGGCUGAAGCCAAGAUGUGGGGAGAGAACUUGAGACAAAAAAGAAAACAAAGUUUGCAGCAGGGCAGUCUUGAUGCUUAAUUUUCUGCCUUGAGGCUAUGGAAGAUGGAAGAAAAUAUGGGGAGCUUAUCUAGAGAAACAACUCAAACAGCCAGCCAUUUAGGCCAUAUACUAUUACUAGGUUCUGAUUUCCUUAGAAUCUGCCUAGUAGCCAUUUCUUGCAAUGGCUGCACAUGAAUGAACCUCGUAACAAAAUCUUUCUAACAUAACCUUUUAGGCACUUUGUUUUCCCUUGUUUCUUUACUGUACUUUCUGCCUCCUGAACUGAACUCGAGCAUAAUGGAGACCGUACAUUAUGUCAUAAUCGCUGCAGUAAACAUGCAUGGGCAAAAUUCUUCUCCCAUGUGUUUAUGGUAA